AUGACGCGUGUCAAUGAGAAGCAGAACAGUUCUCAAAGUCCUCAUCCAUAUCUACAUGGCAACUUUGCUCCAAUCCACCGGGUCCAACCUCUCACUCGUUGCUCCUACUCCGGUACCAUCCCAGACGAGCUUGCUGGCGGCGAAUACGUGAGGAAUGGAGGGAAUCCAGUCACGCAUGGGGAUUUAGGAAGAGAUUUUCAUUGGUUUGAUGGGGACGGCAUGCUGAGUGGUGUUGCCUUUCGCCGGCGAGAUGGACACCUUCAGCCAGAAUUCGUGAAUCAAUACAUACUGACAGAUACCUACAUCUCGACUUCUACCACUCCCUCACUUCGACUACCCAUGCUUCCAAGUAUCGCCACACUUGUGAACCCGGCUUCCACUCUGCUCAACAUUAUCCUCCGCAUAUUUCGAACGCUCCUCCUGCUGAUACUUUCGAAUCUACCAGGCUCCCAAUUCACAAUCAAGAAAAUUAGUGUUGCCAAUACUGGGAUUCUUUACCAUGACGGCAGAGCUUUGGCAACGUGCGAAAGCGGACCUCCAAUGCGAGUAUCCCUUCCUGGCUUGGAAACAAUUGGCUGGUUUGAUGGGACGAAAGCAGAAGGAGAACCGGCAGAGGAGGGUGUAGCAGGAAAGAAAUUUGGAGGGGAAGGUAUUCUAAGCUUCAUGAAGGAAUGGACAACGGCCCACCCUCGAGUCGAUCCCAUUACCAAAGAUCUCAUUCUUUUCCAUUCAACAUUUAUCGCACCGUUUGUAUAUUAUUCGAUUAUACCCAGCACGCAAUAUACCUCAGUUGCAGCGCCUCGACUCAUUAAUUCUGCCGUUCCUGGAAUCAAGUCCGCCAAGAUGAUGCAUGAUUUUGGCGUUUCCCUUACACACACUGUUAUUAUGGACCUUCCGUUAUCACUUGACCCUCGAAAUCUCGCCCGAAAUAAGCCAGCGGUGGAAUACGAUCCAUCUGGACGUUCGAGGUUUGGCGUAUUUCCAAGAUGGAACCCCGAAGCUAUCAAAUGGUUUGAGACGAAUCCCUGUUGCAUCUUUCACACUGCCAAUACCUGGGAUGAGGAAGAAUUCAAUAAACACACUGGCAAAAUAGAGACAGCAGCAGUAAACAUGCUUGCUUGUCGAUUGACAAGCUCGUCACUGGUCUACAGCGCUGGAGAUAUCGCUGCACCAAUCCCUAAAGCAGUUGCAAAUCCAGAAUAUCCGCCCGAAGAGGAGCAAUGCCGGCUCUACUACUACCGAUUUUCUCUCACCAAACCCGCAAACAUCAUAACUCACCAAUUCGCACUCACAGCCAUUCCCUUUGAAUUUCCCUCCCUCCGCGACGACUCCUCCAUGAGUACCGCACGCUACAUCUACGGCUGUUCCGUAUCCGACAGCUCUUUCGGGGCAGCUCUCGGUCGCGCGGUCAAAAUCGAUUCACUUGUAAAAGUAGACGUCCAAGCCUUACUUUCCAACGCCCAAACGAAUCCUCCUACACCAAUUUCAGGCUGUGUCGAUACGCGCACGGUGUCUGAGAUUAUAGCCUCGGAUGAUUCGAACGACCCAAUCAAGAUCUUCAAAAUGCCUCGUGGCUUCUACGCGCAGGAACCGCGAUUCGUGCCGAGGAAGGAUGAGGGGAGCGAGGAUGAUGGCUGGGUGCUGAGUUAUGUUUUUGAUGAGAGUCAGCUUGACGAAAAUGGCAACGCGGGACCGGGAGCUCAUAGCGAAUUAUGGGUUAUUGAGGCAAAGGAAAUGAAAGAGGUUGUUUGUCGUGUUAAGCUUCCCCAGAGAGUGCCGUAUGGAUUGCAUGGCAAUUGGUUUUCCGAAGCCGAUGUCUUGGGUCAAAGGGGUGUGGAGUCGAUUCGCACGCUACCUUCUGUCAGGUCCAAGACGCUUGGAAAGGUGGGAGAGAGUGUCGGGAUGGAUGUGUGGAUGGCGAUUAGGGAGUGGGUGCUUGAUGUCAUUGGGUGA